AUGGAGAAAAGUUCAAGUUUACCUUGGGAAUACAGCACAUUAAUCAAUGAGCUAACUCAAGGGAUGGAAAAAGCUAAGCAGCUCCAUUUUCAUCUGUGCUCCAGUUCUCCACCCGAAGAACAAGACUUUCUGGUGCAGAGGAUAUUAUCUUCUUAUGAGAAGGCCCUGUCGAUUCUAGAAUGGAAUGGAUCAGUAACCGGGCAGGCCCAAGUCCCGACACUUGUGUCGGGCAGGCUCGAUUCGUCUGUUUCUACUGACGGAAACCCGAUAAGUGAGGAUUUGAUUAAUAAGACUUGGAGGGAUCAUCAAGAAUUCACUGCAACAAAGAAGAGAAAGCUUCAGCCUACGUGGACAGAGCAAGUGAGGGUCGACUCGGUGACCGGGCUAGACGGGCCUAGUGACGAUGGGUUCGGUUGGAGAAAGUAUGGGCAGAAGGACAUUUUAGGAGCUAAAUAUCCAAGGAGUUACUACAGGUGCACUUAUCGGCACGCGCAAAACUGUUGGGCCGCAAAGCAAGUCCAACGGUCAGACAACGACCCGAAUGUGUUCGAAAUCACGUACAAAGGGGCCCACACGUGCAAUCAGUCCUCGUUCGACCAAAAACAACACACCUCACAAAACCAGCUGGAAGAAUUAGAACAGAACGACCAAAUGCGUUUGAGCUUCAUCAAAGCUAAUCUCCGAGUGGCUACAGACAAUUUUGACAACAUAGAUAAUAACAAAUACGAGGAAAGUUAUGAUUUAUCCUUAUGCUCUCUAAUUGGAGAAGAUUAUUUGGGCCCGAGUUACUUUUCUCCUGUGUCGACUUGUCAAGUGCAAGGCUCUGGGGAAAAUUAUUAUGAUUAUCAAAAUCAAGAAUUGGCAACAGAAUCGAGUUUUUCUGAGAGCAUGUCGACACAUGCUUCCACGACAAACUCGCCGAUUGGAGGCAUGGAGUUUCGAGCCGAGUUGUUUGGGUUGGACUCGAACUUCCCGUUCGACUGCUCCGGUUAUUUCACGUGA